AUGGAGAUAGAAUUAAACGAAAUGGAGCUAAAAUCUGUUACAGCACUUGAAAGAGGCAGAGACGACCAUGAUAUAUCUAAGUUGGGUCGGGAUAUGAAGGAAAUGGUAUUUGCAAAGCUUUCAUUUGAAACAAUCUGUAGUUCUCGGGCAGUUUGUAAAGAAUGGAAUUCCAUAUUGUCUUCACAUAGUUUUCUAUCACUGCCCAUCCAAAAUCCAUGGCUUCUUAUCUGUGAUAAAAAAAUAGAUGGAAAUUGGUCCUGCAUGGCCUACCAUUUUUCGGCACAAAAAUGGAUUCCACUCCCUCUCUAUUUUCUCCCAAAUCUUCGGCACCACAAUAUAAGAGAUUUAUCAGGCACAGGGCAAGGGUUACUGCUUUUUCGAGAAACGCCCACUCCACAAUUAUUUGUUUGCAAUCCCCUCAUAAAAUCUUACAGAGAGAUAAAGUUAGAUUUGACUGACAAAUUUAUCCAUAUUGUAGAGCGAGGAAACAACGGGCCUUAUUUAGUAGUGUGGUCCCACUCUAAUUUGUUUUUCUUCCAGAUUUACCACUACUUUCAAGACUCAUGGAGGAUUAAGUUUCAGUUCGAAGGGGAAAGUGUGUCUAAUAUAUUAUGUCGUGAAAUUGUUGAGUGCAAUGGCGUUAUUUUCUGGAGGGGAAUAUCGCCUCGGACUAUUGUAGGUUACAAUAUCAAAGAUGAGGGUUUCAUCAAGCCUGUUACAGUAGCUCCAUUACCUCAUCAAAUGGAUGGACCUGAUGUCCAUAUUUUGUCUAUGGUUUCAUAUGGUAACUCCGUUCUUGUGGUGGGGUUCACAACACCAAUUCGGCCGCUUCGCAGAACUAUUAUACUUGACAGGCCGAUGUUUGCUAACUGUCCGAUGUUUGUUGGAAUGGUUAUCUGGGAGCUGUUUGAGGAUGAGGAUGAGGAAGAUGAGUUGGUUUGGAAGUGGGAAGAGUUUGCAAGUAUGCCAUUGCCUCAAUUUCUAAAGGAAGGGGAUCAGAUCUGUGUUUGUGUAGGAGAUUACCUGUGCUUUAGCAGUAAAUGGGGAGGUGAAAGUGCAACGGUGUUUGCAUAUAAUCUAAAGGAAGGGUUUUGGCAUUGCCUUCCUCCGUGUAAUAGUUAUUACAGGGAGGAACGGAUGAUCAUGUCGUUUGAACCGAAGUUCAACAGUUAUCCGAUCUUAGGAAAAUCAAGAGAAUGA